AUGCCACUCCACGCCGACCUUCUCGUUCGGCUUCGCAACGCCAGCAUGGCUAGAAUGCGUAGCGUUCCCGUGCCCUACACGCAGGCGAACCUCUCGAUCCUUUCCAUCCUCCUGCAGCAAGGCUUCAUCCACUCGAUGACAAAAGGCACCGUGAAUCACAUUUCCGACCCAGCAGCAUUCAAAGCUGCCACUCUGCCCGCACAACGGCUUUGGGUCAACUUGAAGUACUCGCGCAAUGACACGCCCGUGCUUUCCACGCUCGAUCUGGUGUCGAAGCCCAGCAAGCGCAUCUGGAUGGACAGGGAGGAGCUUGUUCGCUUUGUGAGCUUUAGGAGGAGUCAAUUUGUGAGGCCGUUGGAGAUGGGGGAGGUGGCGAUCGUGGACUGUGGAAAGGAGGGGUGGUGGGAGGCUAGAGAGGCUGUCAAGAGAGGGAUCAAGGGUGGGGAGGUGGUUGCUAGGGCUGCGUAG